GAGCGUACUGGAAAUGUCGCCAAAGGAACAAGUUGCUUGAUGGUUCAACGAGUCACGUGGUUAUACACAGCCACCGUGGCACUGCUACCAGCCACCAGCCACAGUCAUGUUAACAUUUCCUAUCGUUCGUCAGGCUUCGCUGCCCAACAGCUUCAAAUCAGACUGCAGGAGAUGGCAAAUCACACUGUGACAGCAAACCGUUCCCCACGCGCCGACCAAUCUAUCCAGCUGGCGCCGUGCUAGAUGCCUCAUCAGCUAGCAGCGUAGCAUAGGCCCGUCGUCUAUUUUUACGCAGCACGCGUCCUUCCGGCUGUCCAGCCACAGCCUGUUAGUUCGGCCAUAUAAUGUCUGAAGUUUAUAUGGCGCUCGAUUCCGCGCGUAUUACCAAUGAUAAACCCGGCUUUAUCAUGCUACGCCCAGGUGGCCAGGGAUUUGGUCGCCCCUGCGUGAGUGAAGAGUAGAUCUAUGCAUCAGCCAGCUGCAUCGAGUCACUAGCGAACACUUUGGACCUUAAAUAACGCUGCUUGCCCCCCUCUGGCCUCCUGGAUGCCCAAAUGAACCCAUGUACGAAUAUCUCUCCCAUUUACAGAUAAAGCUGGCUCCAUUGCGGCUCGCUUGCGCUCUGUCACUGCAGAGCUAGGUCCUGUUCACCGCUGGUUCGGCGACUUAACGCGGAUCCGCCAUUCCUCAUAAGCAGCUCCAAGCGGACUGUCCAGCAGAGAAAGGACUGCCUGGAAGGUGCUAACUGUCGUCCUCUCGUCAUCAUGGCACCCCUAAGUGAGACGAUUGCCGUAAUUGACAAGUCCGGUAAGAUUGUGAGCUCGAGCAAACAUCUCUUUGGUGUCUUCAGGGAAGCUAGGGAUGCCUACAGAGAGUCCAAGGCCCAAGUUAUAUCAGAGCGAAAUGCAAAGAUUGCAGAACAACAGGCCCUGAAAGCACUGCAGAACUACCAUAUCGACGACUCUCCGUCCGUCGCUUCCUCUCGAAGAAGCAGGAGGUCCCACUCACAGCAUCAUUCCCGACGAAGCCAUCAUCCGCAUGCGGCCGGUUCUCAGUAUGAGCGAUCCAUUGCACCAGAGGCGCAAAGCUUCUACUCUCAUCCGGGAGACCUGGUUCGCCGUCAUACCGAUUUCGAUGCCGUGGUUCAGACACAACCGCAACGACCGACGACCAGUCGGUCCAAGUCAGAAAAAGACAUCGACAUGGAUCUUGCAUACGGGGAAUGUCAUCACUCCAUAUUCUCCCAACCAGAAGCAGCCCGCAAGCCCGAUGGUGACCAGGAAUUGAAGGUCCUUGUCUCCAGGACCCAACGGAUCCUGGACGAAGCCAAUUGUCUUCACUCCAGCGCGCAGGCCACCAUCAACCAUCUGCAGAAGAACCCUGAUGCCAUGGCCGCCGUGGCGCUGACCUUGGCCGAGAUCAGCAACCUCGUCACGAAGAUGGCCCCAUCGGUACUUGCUGCGUUUAAAGCCGCCGCCCCUACCGUAUUCGGCCUCUUAGCCAGUCCACAGUUCCUGAUUGCUGCCGGCCUCGGAGUCGGUGUUACCGUUGUCAUGUUCGGCGGAUACAAGAUCAUCAAGAGGAUCCAAUCCUCCGACAGCGAGAACAAUAAUAAUAGCGGGAACCCUGAAGGAAACAACAAUAACAACAACUAUGUCAACGGCGAAACGGCCCCUGAAAUGGAUGAGAUGAUUGAACUCAACACCGAAUGCCUCAGUCACGUCGAGAUGUGGCGCCGUGGCGUGGCCGAUGUGGAGGCCAAAAGCUGCGGAACAUCGGUGGACGGCGAAUUCAUCACCCCAAUCGCUGCUCGUCUAUCAGGCAUCGAUAUAAGCACGGCAUCAAUGAGACGCGACCCUCGGUUCAAGUUCUACGACGAUGACGAAGAAGAUGACGACUAUGUGUCCAGGGCAUCAUCGCGUCGCUCCCGACGCUCACGGGCUACAGGAGUUAGCUCGAGAGCGCCUCCGAGAUCGCGUGCCGAGUCGCAUGUCUACGCGCCGUCUCAGGCUUCUUCCAGAACAUACACGUAUGCACCGUCCAGAGCGCCUACGUCUGCGAGUCGCUCUCAUGUAUCCAGAGCACCUACAUCUGCGGGCCGCUCCCACGUGUCCAGAGCCCCUUCUUCGAAACACGCCUCGCGGGUUUCGGAAGCAGAGAAGAACCCGAAAGAGAAGAAGAGGAAGCGUAUAUCGAACAAAUUACGGUUCUUGCUGAAGACUUGA